GGAGUAUAGCUGUCCGAGCUGAGCCUGCACGCCGUACUACUUACUACUCCUUGAACAGGCAAACACACUUUAGUCAGUACCGGAGUAGUAGUGUAUACAUUUCGAUUCAGUUACAUGCGUUACAUGUGCGAGAAGUGGUAGCUUCUCAUCCGUACGCAGCACGUGGUGCGAACCCCGACGAAACCGAAUUAUCAUGACUUCCACCGGUCUGGCGCUGAAGAUCUUCGGAGCAAACGUUCUAAUAGCACUCGUCUGCUCCGCAGAUCCACCUGGAGGUUUUUAUACCACCAGAUACGACCACAUCGACGUCGAGAACAUCCUCAAUCAGAAGAGGCUUGUCUACUAUUACGCUGCCUGUCUAUUGGACAGAGGACCUUGCACUCCUCAGGGAAUAGAGUUUAAAAGAAUUCUACCCGAAGCUCUCCGAACCAAUUGUUUAAGAUGCACGGAGAAACAGAGGUUUGUUACGAUGAAGAGCAUAAAGAGGUUGAAGAAAGAGUACCCUGAUGUUUGGGGACAAUUGGCCGAAAUCUGGGAUCCAACCGGAGAAUAUUUCGUCCAGUUGGAAGAAUCUGUGAAUAAGAGAAACAAUAAAGUGCCGGAAGCUGCGAUUCUAUCAAAUAGAAUUGGUUCGGAAAAUGAGGUUACUGCCUCUAUUACAGAAAGAGUGGUAACUACAACUACGAAAGCUACGACGACUACAACUCCGAAACCGAAGAUAACUACGACGACAACAGAAAGGACAACUACCACGAAGAGAACCUCCUCGCCGACUGCCAAACGAAGUGUUCCGACCACCAAGAGGAUAACGACUACGACGACUUUGAAAAUGCUUUCUUCGAAAGAACCAUCGACGACGAUCAAGAAGAUCAUCGGAAUAUCUUACAAUUAUGAUUUUGCUGCCACCACGAAGCCUGUAAUAAGACCCCAACAGCCAGUUGCCGGUUUCAAUAUCGUUUUGAGAGGAGUUAAUAAUAUAAUUGCACCGAUAACAGAUAUCGCUGGGAAGGUGAUCACAGCCGGAACGGAUUUGGCUAGUAUGGUGUUGGAUGUCUUGGGGGUCAGAAGAAAUUAAGUUUUCAAUUUUUAUAAUUUUGAAUCGUGAUAUCUUU